UCGAACCUGAUGUGCAUGAGCAUUCUUCCUGGACCGAAAGAGCAAAAUCCCAACCAAAUCCAGUGGUUCUUAGGCCCUAUUAUCUCGGACUUGCUGCGCCUAUGGAAAUUCGGAGUCAGAGUGCCAACUGAAUCUUGUCCUCAAGGUACAUACAUCCAAGACACUAUCAUGAGCAUUACAAUUUCAUUAUGGAUUUGGUCUCAGGUCGACUUGUUCGUGUGA